AUGGCGAGCGCAUCAGCCAAUCUGGCUCGACUCCGAAAGCUGCUGGGAGAAGAUGGCGCGUCUACGUUGACCCACGCCCCCCUCAAUCGCGUUGUUACUGCACAUCAGUCCUAUGAGCCACAAGCGAUACCAUUCAUGCUCCUUUUCGGUACUGUCCACGACAAGUCGACAGGUCGUCCAGGACAGAUCUGGGUGUUAUUUUAUCCGCCUGCUGAGGACGAUGGUGCUGCAGCGGUAGAGUUCCACUCCUAUGACGCUAUCAGCGAUACUUCGUUCAGGUUUGACAAGCAAAAUAUCUGCAGUGUGACGACAGAAGUCGCGCCGGCAUUCAAGACACCGAAACGAAGCUCUAAGGCCAAGUACGAAGCUCUCGCAAAAUACUAUUUCUUGGAGAAGUUGGCUAGUAUGGAGUGCCAGGAGGGUGGUACCGUGGAACUACAGGUCGACAUUCGUAUCGGCCAGAGCCUACUCGACGCAUUGAAAAGCGUCUGCAUCAAGUUCAAGAAGCAUGCAGAGUCGCAGAUACCCGUGAGGGAGUCGCGAUCAAUGUCCGCCACCCUUCUGAGUGACCCAGAUGGGGUUGCACGACUGAUGUCAGCUUCGCCUGAACUUGGUAAACCGUUUGUGUUACUGCCACCGCGUAUCGCUUCACGUGCUCGCGAUGAGAUUGACCAUACCGAUAAGGUCAACGCUCUCGCAGACCUCAGAACCAAGGAAGCCGAAAUCGACGUAGCUACCGAAGACAUCGAAAAAGAGAUGGAGACAUUGCAGGAAUCACGGCCCAAGAUUAAUGAAGAACUCCAGCAACUUGAGCGGGAGCUUGGGAUCAAACGAGAGCACAAGAUGGAAAUCGCUGCGCAACGUGAAGAUUUUUUCAAAGACAUGUCGCUUGCCGAAGCUUUUGAGCUGGGUAGGGAAGUCGAGCGCAAUCGUCAUAAGAAGCGACAGAGGUUGAGUUGA